GGUGGGGUGGCAAGAACCCCCCGGAGACGAUGCUCGACGACGAUUGCGCGUUCCUCCGCGACCUGGUGCACUCCUGGACGAUAGGUAGAGCGGACUUGCAUGACGUAUGGCAUGUCAAGCUGGCCGUUGACGACGAGAACGGCCAGCUUAUCAAAGUUGGCAGCGAGAAAAAGGACGACCCAAAGUCAUGGACUGCAAGUGCAUAGAGUCGCCCAUGUUGAAUUAUUUGUCUAUCGGAGGGGAUGGCCAAGACUCCGAAGCCGGGUUCGACUUCGAGAAGCACCGCCAGAAAUCGCAGUUGGGCAAUAUUUUGCAGUACGCGUGUUCUGGAUUGAAAGUGUCGGCAGAAACAUUCACCGCCGACUCUAUUCAAGAUGUCGUGCAAGGUUUAUACCAUGGUGAGGACAAGGACGGCGCCCCCAUUUUCUGCACGGACGCGGACGAGCUGAGGGAGAGGGGCGCGCCGAGGCUGAGAUCAGAUCCUCAUAUUCUGCUGGUGCUGAAUAUUCGAAAGGCUGACGCUCCGCGCCGCGCCUGUGGCAGGCGUCGGUCCUGCGGUACGGCGUCGACCCGCCCAGGGACUCCGGGCUGCUAAGCCGGUCCUCGCACCCGGGGGACGGCAAGCUGGACGUGCUCACGCUGAGGUACGCGGCCAGAGUGCUCACCGGCAGCCUCAUCGGCGGCAGGCGAGUAUUCUGGGGCGCCCCACUGUAUUUCGACUUUCACGAGUAUUCCGACGCAGACAAUGUGAGUUAUUUCAACAUUGAUGGGGAUUGAAUUCUACAAGGCCGUCAAUCCGACGUCGCUGCGCAUCACGCACGGUGGAAAGCUCCAGGUUCUCCAUUCGGAGGAGUCCAUGGCCCACCUGCACACGGCGCACCCCAAGGAGAUCGAGGAAGACAGCGACUCCGAGGACGACGACGGUCGUACCGAGCCUCAGGGCACCAUGUUCUCUUGGCUAGGGUGCUGCGCGGCUUCUGGGACUUCCGAGGUGGCGGAGCCCAGCUGACGCAGGGGCGGAGUACUCGCCGGGGAAGCCUGGCAGAGGUCUUUGUGCCGCCCUGGGACGCUAGAGGCGCCCUGGGCGGGAGGCUGGGGAGCGGAGGGAGGGGGGGAGGGGAGGAGCCCUCGAAGCCUCGCCCCGCCUCGCCCGCGCGCGCGCGUCGCGCACGACACCUGGCGAAACCGAGGCCGCUAGUCCAGGGUGGGAGGCUC